UCUAUGUCAACUUCCGGUCUUGUGAUGCUGAAGAAGGAAACUUAAUUUAUCAACACAGCAAUCUGCGGUUCGACUGCAAAGCAUUGAGGUUGGAAAUAUAAAAAUGAGUGUCUUUGAAAGAAUACUAAGUCGUAUAUCCGAACAAAUAGAAAAAGCAUGCCAAACAUAAUUUUAAUAAUAGAGAACUAUAAGGAAUGUGAUCAUUGAGGUAGACCAGAAUUACAUGUAUCAUGCAUUGGGAUGGCUCUCGAGUUUAUCACACGUGAUUCUUAAUAGGAGAUUAACAUUAGACUCAAAUCCUUCCUCUUUUGUGUUGGGGUUUUAAAGGCAAAUCUCAUGAUCACGGCUCACAGUCACAAGCGACAGUGUUGAUUAUGUGUUGUGUGUAGUCGUAGUAACAACAGCAUAGCCGUAGACUUAACUGCGCUGCAUGGGAACUGCAGGGAAGCUAGUGCUAAAUCCGGAGAAACCGCGUCGCCUCGCUAUCUUUUAUUUCUGAUCAAAGACACCGAAGAGCGCAAGAGAUGGCAUCUUUGAAUCUGGGACUGAAUUUAUCCCGAAGGAAGGGUGCAUCUAGGAACGCAGCUGUGGAAAGAAAAAACCUCAUCACUGUCUGCAGGUUUUCUGUCAAGACCCUCAUUGACCGCUCCUGUUUAGAUACCAUUGAUGACUCCUCUCCCGAAUUCCUAAAUUUUGUGUCUAUCUUGGAGCAAAUUCUGAGUCAUCGGCUGAAAGGGCAGAUCACUUGGUUUGGCUACGAAAGCCUUCGCAGUUUCUGGGACUACAUGCGAGUGGCCUGCAGCAAAGUGCCACACAACUGCAUCAGCAGCAUUGAGAGCAUGGAGAAUGUGGGCUCCUCCAGGGCAAAGGGUCGAGCGUGGAUCAGGGUUACACUAAUGGAAAAACGCCUUUCGGAAUACAUUUUAGCAGCCCUAAGGGACUUCAAGACAACCAGGAGGUUUUAUGAAGAUGGAGCAAUUGUGCUGGGAGAGGAAGCAAACCUGCUUGCCGACAUGCUGCUCGGACUCAAUGCCAUCGAUUUUAGUUUUUGUCUGAAGGGUGAGGGCCUUAAUGGUAACUGCCCUGCUGUUAUAGACUAUACACCCUAUCUGAAGUUCAUGCAAAGCUCUGAUAGCAUCAGUAGUGACGAGGAGGAGCUGAGGACUCUGGGUAGCAGCGGGAGCGAGAGCAGCACCCCUGAGAACAAAGGGCCCCUCAUCAUGGAUGAGAGCAGCUGGUACAACAAGUGUAAGAGGGUAGAACAGAAAUACAGACUGGCCUUGGAGCAAAAGGGUUACCUAGAAGAGCUGGUACGUCUCCGAGAAGCCCAGCUGUCUGAGUCUGUCUCUCAAAACAAAGUCCUUCUCCAGAGGCUGGAGGAUACAGAUGUGAAACACAAACUAGAAAAAGAGCAACUUGAAUACAUUGUUCUGGAGCUGCAGGACCAGCUGACUGUGUUAAAGAACCAUGACCUGAGAUCACGACAGGAGCUAACAGCCCACCUAACCAAUCAGUGGCCUUCGCCUGGUGUGCUGGAUACAAAUGCUGUUGCCUUGGAUACGAUGCUCUACAGGAAGCACACUGGACAGUGGGUUGAAAAGAGUUUCCACAGUCUGGAGCAGCUCUCUGCAGAUAUCAGCCUGUCUCGGAGCUCUUUGGAUCCUGCUCACUUACAGGACUCGGAUGGUAAACUGGAAGGUUCAAACUCACAAAGUGAAGGCAAGGAAGACACCCCUUCAUUGCUGGGUUUAUGUGGCUCUCUGACAUCCGUUGCUAGCUACAAGUCUCUAGCCAGCCUCAAGUCAAAUGAAUGUCUUGCGAGCCCCACCGCAGAAAUGACCAGCCCGGGCCUCACACCCUCAUCAGAACACCUGCCUUCCUGAAGGAGCUUCAGACCAUAUACAUUAUGGCAACAUUCCAUUACUCCACUUGCCAAAAAUAAACAGACAAAACCGGCUAAUUAAAAGCCUGGGAGAGACUUUGCUUACUGUUUUAAACCUAGCGGUCUUUGGAGCCAAGACCAAUGUCAUUUUUGCUGCUUUUAUUGAACUUGACCAGUCUUGGCAAAACAUACAGGGUUUCAUCGCAGAGCAAUACAAAUUUGCAGUCAAUGAUUGUAUAUCAUUUAAAUGCUAUCCCAAGGAUGUAAGCCCUCCUUCACUAUUGUGCAUUGAGUAAGGCACCCUUAGACCCAUUAUGGUAGUCUUUUAUAGGUCCAACGUCUUGUUCCUGUCAGUUCACUUGCUCUGCUUUGAAUACUCUCAAUAGCAGUAGCACAGAGUGACUUUAUAGCUACCUUGAACUUUACUUGAAUGUAUUUUUUAUUUAUACUAUAUCACUUUUAAUUUAAAGAUAAGGUGUAUCUAAUUCAGAUCCCAGCCCCAGAAUUAAAUCUUAGGCAGUGCCAUAUGUGUACUUUAUAAUGAUUAAGGCACUACCAUAAUUUGUAUUUAAUAAAGGCCUCAGUCAAGCUACGAGUCCGAUUCUAAUUUCAAUUCUUUAUUGGUCAAUUCUAGCCCCUCAGUAAGCCACUUGUUCUGUCAAGAACUAGACCAUGAAUAACACGUCUUUCUUCUGGCACAUCCAUGCACCCCCUGACACUGAAGCACAUAUUUAGUUAAUAAAACAACAUGGCAAAAAUAGACCAACAGUGUUACAGUUUUAAGUGGCAUGUUUGUAAAGCAUGCAAAAAAAAGCAUAUGCUGUUGUCUACUAUUUUUGGGGUUGAUUCCUUUUUAGACUUUUCCAACAUCAGAUCUCUGGCAUUGGUUGGACCACCCUUAAUAAUGUUGAACAUUUGAGCUCAAAAUCUACCCAAUCCUGAAAAGCAAAACUUGUAUCUCUGCUAAAGCUGCUAGAUAAACAUACUGUUACCUACAGUAUUCUUUAUAGUUUCAUACACCAGGGGUUAAAAUAUAUUUUAUGAUCACCUCACACUGGCGCAAGGAUUUCUACACUGGUGCAAGGAUUUCAUCACUGCUACUAUCUAAAAUUUCCCUGCAAUACAUCUUGUUACCAUUAAUAACGUUAACACAAUGAUUGUCAAAAGUUGUUUUGUUUUAAGCCUUAGCCCCCUCACAAUCUGUAUUUAUAGUGUAGUUAUUUUGAAGUCAAUUUUGUACAUGUAAAUGUAAUAUUUAUUUGUUCUUUUUCAACAGCUUUAUGAUUUCUGUGGUUUCUUGCUUCGUUCAGCUGUCCUAUGUGCUACUUGGUGCACACAUUCCACUUACCCUGUUUUCAAAUGUACUGAGUGGUUCUGAGUUUCAGUGCUCCAAUAUUAACUUCAUCUCUCAUCAGGUUCUGAGUGGAGUUCUGGAGUUAGUCAUCAUUUCACAAUUAAGUUUAUUACAAAUUGUAUUUUUUUAUACCAUGCUUACAGCUCCAGUGUCUUAAUAGAUUAUGCUAUUUUGAUCUUGCAUGGUACUGUAGAUGGUGUUUCUUCUUGUCUUGUCCCACAUUACUGUUUAGAUUGUGUUCUGGAAUCUUCAGAUCUCACGAAUGCAAUCCCAAACAUGGUGUGGAUUUUGUCUUGUUAACCUUAUUGUUGACCUCCUGUAUGUUUGUUUGAAAAUAAAUUGCAUGCGCAAUAAAAAAAAUCCCUAUAUUAUAACGUGUAUUCCUAUCUACAGUAGGGACAAACCAGAACAGAUGAAAGUGCGGCUCCCUUAAGAUAUAAUGGUUUCCUUUUAGUUUUUCUCUGAACAUUUCAGCCCCAUUGCACUUGCUUAAAAUGAAAGGGGUAUAUCUUCUGCAGACAAAAACAAAAAAACAAGAACAUCACAUUUAAAAUCAUAAUAUUUAAAUUAAAUCUGAUGCAAAGUUGCACCAAAACUGUUCCCAAGAUAGAGCUACACCUCAGAACAAGAGUUAAUUCAAAGGUUCAUGGCAUCUGGGCAUAUGAAAUAGUGCGUCCAUCUUUAGGAUUGGAGACCUUUAGGGUCUACAAAUGGCUCUAGUUGCACAUCUAAAGUGUCUAACCAAGGGCAAUCUAUUUGGUUUUGUUAUGCAAAAAUUGACAAAAACGUAUGUUUGUGGAUUCUGAAUUCCCCUAGGAAAUUGGCCCGUGUCUCAUUAAUAAUAAUCUGGAUUACAAAAGCAUUAUGUUUAUGGACUGAAUAAAAUUCAAAACACAAAAAUAAUUAAUUUCUUUAAUAUUGCUUUUUAUUCACCAUUAUACUGGUACAUGGGGUAUGGAAUUAAAAUUAAACAUGUUUGCAAUCA